AUGGAAGAUCUUUACAAGUAAUUAAUAAAAGAAAAAAAGCAUUUAAUAUUUGACUUAGACGUAAAAAAUGUUCUUAGUUUAACAUUUGAUUAAGCAACAAUGAAAGAAUAUUAAGUAGAAGGAUUUAGUACUAUAUAAAAUACACAAUUUAAAGAUUUAAUAUGUAAAUAAGUUAUGAUAUUCAUAUAGCCAAUAAUAAAAUACAUGGAAAUAAUAAAGACUUUCAUUGAUGCAAAUAAUAAAAAAAAUUAAUAAGAAAAGAAAAACUUUACAUUAGUUUUUUGGCCAAAAUAAAAUGCUUUAUGUAAAUAAGUUUUAUAAUAAUAUGGAAUUACAGAGAAUUAAGUAGAAGUUAUAGAUUUUAGUUUCGAUUUAAUUCCUUUAGAUUAAGAUGUAUUAUCCUUAGAAUUAUAAAAUAGUUUUAAUAAUAUUUAUUUAGAUAAUGAUUUUUCAACUUUUUAAUUCGUGGCAGAAUCUAUUCAAAGAAUAUAAGUUGUUUACGGGAAAAUUCCAAAUAUUUUUGCUAAAGGAGAUGGAGCUAAAAUAGUACUUGAUAUUUUAAAUUAAGAAUAAAAUAUUUAAAAUGAUGAAUAAUAAUAAAUAGAUAUAGAGACUUUGAUUUUGUUAGAUAGAAAUAUUGAUUUAGUAACUCCUUUAUGUUCUUAAUUAAUUUAUGAAGGUUUACUAGAUGAUUUUUAUGAAGUUUAAGGGAAUAUUCUUAAGGUAGAUUCUAAAAUAUUAACAGGAUAAAGUGGUAAACCUUAAUUAAUAAGAAUAUCAAGUGAAAACAAUUAAAUAUAUGAGAACAUAAGAAGUAAAUAAAUAACUUAGGCACGAUAAUAUUUAAGUAGUUAAGCAUAGGAAAUUCAAAGAAUGAAAUAAAUAAUUUCUGACAAAAAAAAAAAUGCUUCAGCAGAAGAACUUUAAAAAUGCCUAAAAAUUGUAGACAAAAUUUCUUAAUAAUAAAAGAAAAUUGAAGAUCAUGUUAAUAUAUCUUUGAAUAUUGUUGAAAGAAUGAAAACAAUAGAAUUUUAUAAAGAUCUUCAAAUUGAAUAAGGUAUAGUUAUAGGAGUAAAUUCUAACUAAUCUUUUGAAUAUUUAGAAGUUCUUAUUGGUUUAGGAGCUCCUAUUUAAAAAGUUUUGAAACUUUUUUGUUUAUAAUCGUUAGUUGAUAAAGGUAUAAAAGCUAAAGAAUUAGAUUUUUUAAGAAAAGAAAUUUUACAUGAAUACGGAUUUAAACAUAUUUUAACUCUAUAUAGACUUUCUUAAGCUGGAUUAUUAAGAAAAUAAGAUAGUUAAAAAAAUUCUUGGCCAAAAUUAAGAGAAUAGUUAAAAUUAAUUAACGAUGAAGUUGAACCUGAAAAUCCAAAUGAUCCAGCGUAUACUUAUUCUGGAUAUUGUCCAUUAACAGUAAGAUUAAUUGAAUAAUGUUUAAAUAAAUAAAGCUGGAAGCAAAUUUAAGAAUAAUUAAAAUCUAUUAAUGGAUAUUAAUAAUAUCCUGAACCUUAAUAAUAUGUAAAAUUGUAAAAUAAAUCAGCUAUUCUUGUUUAUAUUGUCGGAGGUGUUACUUUUGGAGAAAUCAACGCUAUUAGAUUUUUAGCUAAAUAAAUAGAUAGAGAAAUUAUUAUUGCUUCAACUCAUAUUAUUAAUAGCAAAAAUAUAAUUUAAAAUAUAAUUAAUUAUAGUAAUUGA